CCCAUUUCUCGCAUUUGUCGCCGAGAUCCGCGUUCCUCUCCUUUGUCCCCCAAACCCUAAAUCUUGAUCCCCAUUUCCGGCUAAAGCUCGCUCUCAUUUCCUGCCAAUCCAUAUCCGAGGACAAAUCCGUCGUCCCUGCUGCGGGCAAUCCUCGGGUUCGCCUCGUCGUCGUCCGCCAUGUCGCGGGCUAGGGUUCCUCGCCCCUCUCGCGGCGCUCGCGGGGAGGGGCGUUCGGUAUACGACAACUGGGAGCGCCUCGUGCGCGCCACGCUGCAGAAGGAGCAGCUCCGCACCUCCGGCCUGGGUCCCGGUGGCCGGCCCGCGGAGGGGAUCGCCGGCGCCGUUCCCCCUUCGCUCGUAUCCACCAACAUCGACCAUAUUCUGCAGGCAGCCAACGAGAUCGAGGAUGAGGAUCCCAACGUCGCCAGGAUUCUUUGUGAACAGGCAUAUACAAUGGCACAAAAUCUGGACCCUAGCAGUGCAGGCAGAGGUGUCCUGCAAUUCAAAACUGGUUUGAUGUCUGUUAUCAAGCAAAAACUUGCCAAAAAGGAUGGAACUGCAAUUGACCGUGGACACGAUAUUGAUCUCUUAUGGGAGUAUUAUGUGAGGUUUAAGAGGCGUCAUCGAGUUGAUGAUAUCCAGAAGGAGCAUGAAAGAUGGAGAGAAUCAGGAACCUUCAGCACAGAGAUGGGAGUGAGAGCUGUCCAGAUGAAAAAGGUUUAUGCAACUUUGAAGGCUUUACUUGAUGUAUUGGCGGUGCUUGCUGGAGAAUCAGCUUCCGAUGGUGUUGGUAGACUUGUUAUGGAAGAGGUGAGAAAAAUUAGGAAAUCUGAUGCAACAUUGGGAGGGGAACUAAUGCCCUACAAUAUUGUACCUGUUGAUGCCCCCUCUUUAACCAAUGCUAUCAGUUUUUUCCCCGAAGUUAGAGCUGCAAUAUCUGCAAUUGGGUACCCUUCAGAAUUCCCUCGGUUUUCUGUUGAUUCUCAAGUUUCUCAGCAAAAAAAUCAGGAUAUGUUUGAUUUGUUGGAAUUCGUUUUUGGCUUUCAGAAAGAUAACAUCCGCAAUCAGCGAGAAAAUGUCAUUCUUGCAUUAGCAAAUGCUCAAGUUCGGCUAGGCUUACCUGCUGAAUCAGAACCAAAAGUUGAUGAGAAGGCUGUCACUGAAGUUUUCCGCAAAGUGCUAGACAACUAUAUUAAGUGGUGCAGGUACUUGGGUGCGCGAAUAGCUUGGAACAGUCUGGAAGCACUUAAUAAGAAUCGGAAGGUCAUCUUGGUUUCUCUGUACUAUCUUAUCUGGGGUGAGGCUGCUAAUGUCCGCUUUCUUCCUGAGUGCAUUUGCUACAUAUUUCAUCAUAUGGCAAAGGAUUUGGAUGCAAUCUUAGACUCCCAAAAUGCUGUUCCUCCUAAGAGUUUUAUUUGCGCUGAUGGUUCUGUAUCAUAUCUUAAGCAAGUCAUAUUUCCUAUUUAUGAAACUAUGGCAGCGGAAGCUGCUAGCAACAAUAAUGGAAAAGCUGCGCACUCUGCUUGGCGGAAUUAUGAUGAUUUUAAUGAAUAUUUCUGGUCUCCUUCUUGCUUGGAGUUAAAAUGGCCACUAAAAGAUGAGUCUUCAUUUCUCCUCAAGCCAAAGAAGUGGAAGAGGACCGGGAAAACUGGGUUCGUUGAGCACCGUACCUUUUUGCAUUUGUAUCGGAGCUUUCACCGGCUUUGGAUUUUCCUUUUCCUGAUGUUCCAGGCAUUGACAAUUAUUGCUUUCUACGAUGGGCACAUUAACUUGAAUACCUUCAAAGUAGUACUUAGUGUAGGACCGGCUUUUUUUAUCUUGCACUUCAUUGAGAGCUGUCUGGAUGUCCUACUCAUGUUUGGGGCCUAUAGUACAACCAGAGGCUUUGCUAUCUCAAGAUUGAUUAUAAGAUUUAUUUGGUUUGGCUGCAGUUCUACAAUUUUGACAUAUCUUUAUUUGAAGGUUUUGGAUGAAAGAAAUAAUAGGAACUCAGAUUCAACCUAUUUCCGCAUAUAUACCCUUAUUUUGGGUGUUUAUGUGGUUAUUCGUCUGACGUUUGCGGCAUUAGUCAAGAUUCCAGCUUGCCAUACUCUCUCGGAUAUGUCUGACCGGUGGCCUUUCUUCCAAUUCUUCAAAUGGAUUUAUGAAGAACGAUAUUUUGUUGGGCGUGGUCUUUUUGAGAAGACAAGUAGUUAUGCCCGGUAUGUGUUUUACUGGAUGGUCAUACUUACCUGCAAGUUUUUGUUUGCUUACUAUCUCCAGAUUAAGCCGUUGGUUGAUCCAACAAAAGUAAUUGUUGAACUGAAUGGUUUGCAGUACUCCUGGCAUGAUCUUGUGUCAAAGGGUAAUAGGAAUGCUCUGACUGUCCUUAGUCUUUGGGCGCCUGUCUUUGCUAUUUAUCUAAUGGACAUCCAUAUAUGGUACACCUUGUUGUCUGCUCUUGUCGGUGGUUUAUUGGGUGCAUUAGGUCGCCUUGGUGAGAUACGGUCUCUCGAUAUGUUUCACAAACGUUUUGAGAGUUUUCCAGAAGCUUUUGUGAAAAAUCUAGUCUCAUCCCAAAUGAAAAGAAGUAUUCCAAAUAGACCGCCUGCUCAGGAUUCUAAAGAUAUGGACAGGGAUUUUGCAGCGAAGUUCUCUCCCUUUUGGAAUGAAAUUAUCAAAAGCUUGCGGGAAGAAGACUACAUAAACAACCGAGAAAUGGAUUUGCUUUCUAUUCCAAGCAAUUCCGGGACCUGGCGGUUGGUCCAAUGGCCUUUAUUUCUCCUGACCAGUAAGAUACCAUUGGCAAUUGACGUGGCUUUGGAUUGCAAAGAUACACAAACUGAUCUAUGGAGCAGAAUCUCAAAGGACAAAUACAUGGCAUAUGCUGUUAAGGAAGUCUACUACAGUAUGGAAAGGAUUCUGGUUUCUGUAGUUGAUGGUGAAGGGAGACUUUGGGUGGAGAAGUUAUUCCAAGAACUUAAUAACAGUAUCUCAGUGGACUCACUGGUAGUAACUAUAACGCUUAAAAAGCUGCAACUGGUGUUGACAAGGUUCUCUGCCUUGGCUGGGCUUCUUAUAAGAGAUGAGACUCCUGAACUUGCCAUUGGUGCUUCAAAAGCUGCACAUGAAUUAUAUGAUGUUGUCACUCAUGAUUUCUUGACCUCAAAUUUGAGUGAGCAACUCGAUUCUUGGCAACUUUUAGCGAGAGCAAGAAAUGAAGGUCGCCUCUUCUCUAAAAUUUCAUGGCCCAGGGACAAAGAAACUAGAGAACAGGUGAAACGGUUGUAUCUACUUUUAACUGUAAAAGAUUCUGCUACAAAUAUUCCAAAGAAUUUAGAAGCCAGAAGGAGACUGCAGUUCUUUGCAAAUUCAUUGUUUAUGAACAUGCCGUCGCCGAAUCCUGUUUCUGAGAUGAUGCCUUUUAGUGUUUUUACUCCAUACUACAGCGAGACAGUACUCUACAGUUAUUCAGAUUUACGGGUUGAAAAUGAAGAUGGGAUUUCAACCCUUUUUUAUCUUCAGAAGAUCUUUCCAGAUGAGUGGGAAAACUUUCUAGAGCGAAUUAAAUCAACUGCAGAUGCUGUUGAAGAUAAUGAUAACCUUGAAUUGCGGUUUUGGGCAUCUUAUCGCGGCCAAACAUUGGCAAGAACAGUGCGUGGUAUGAUGUACUACAGAAGGGCCCUUAUGUUACAAAGUUAUCUAGAAAAGCGCUAUCUUGGAGGAAUUGAAGAUGGUUAUUCUGGAGCUGAUUACAUGAGUACACAAGGAUAUGAAUUGUCUCCUGAAUCGCGUGCCCAAGCUGAUCUGAAAUUUACGUAUGUCGUCUCAUGCCAAAUUUAUGGUCAACAGAAACAAAAAGGGGCUCAAGAGGCAGCCGAUAUUGCUCUCCUUAUGCAGAGAAAUGAGGCUCUUCGAGUUGCUUUCAUACAUGUCGAGGAAAAUGCAUUAGCUGAUGGAACAAUUUCUAAAGAUUUCUACUCAAAGCUUGUCAAAGCUGAUGCUAACGGAAAAGAUCAGGAAAUAUAUUCAAUCAAGCUUCCUGGAGAUCCCAAGCUCGGAGAAGGGAAACCUGAAAACCAGAAUCAUGCAAUCAUCUUCACCCGUGGGGAUGCUAUUCAAACUAUUGACAUGAAUCAGGACAAUUACCUAGAGGAGGCUAUGAAAAUAAGGAAUCUGCUAGAAGAAUUCAAUGGAAAACAUGAUCUUCGAGCUCCUACUAUUCUUGGUGUGAGGGAGCAUGUCUUUACAGGAAGUGUUUCAUCGUUAGCUUGGUUCAUGUCCAAUCAAGAAACUAGCUUUGUUACAUUGGGACAACGCGUUUUGGCAUAUCCUCUCAAGGUUCGUAUGCACUAUGGACAUCCAGAUGUUUUUGAUAGGACAUUUCACAUAACUAGAGGUGGCAUAAGCAAGGCAUCUCGUGUAAUCAACAUCAGUGAAGAUAUAUAUGCUGGGUUCAAUUCCACAUUGCGACAGGGCAAUAUUACACACCAUGAAUAUAUUCAGGUUGGAAAAGGCAGAGAUGUUGGGUUGAACCAAAUUGCUCUUUUUGAGGGUAAAGUAGCUGGUGGAAAUGGAGAACAAGUGUUGAGUAGAGAUGUUUAUCGACUUGGGCAGCUUUUUGACUUCUUUAGAAUGUUAUCUUUCUUCUUCACAACAGUUGGUUAUUAUGUUUGUACUAUGAUGACUGUUCUUACUGUUUACAUUUUCUUGUACGGAAGAGUGUACCUGGCACUAUCUGGACUAGAUUCUGCAAUAUCAACGAAGGCUAGGAUGUUGGGCAACACUGCACUAGAUGCUGCUCUAAAUGCUCAGUUCUUGGUUCAAAUUGGAGUUUUUACAGCAGUACCAAUGAUAAUGGGUUUUAUAUUGGAGCUUGGAUUAAUGAAGGCUGUCUUCAGUUUUGUUACCAUGCAACUCCAGCUUUGUGCAGUUUUCUUUACAUUUUCUCUUGGAACCAGAACCCACUAUUUUGGUAGAACGAUUCUUCAUGGAGGUGCCAAAUACAAGGCAACUGGUAGAGGCUUUGUUGUUCGUCAUAUCAAGUUUGCUGAAAAUUACAGGCUUUAUUCAAGAAGCCACUUUGUUAAGGCACUUGAAGUUGCACUUCUUCUGAUUGUCUACAUUGCAUAUGGAUAUACUAGAAAUGGUGUAUCUUCGUUCAUUCUUCUCACUGUCAGCAGUUGGAUCCUCGUGAUAUCAUGGCUAUUUGCACCAUAUAUUUUCAACCCUUCUGGAUUUGAAUGGCAGAAAACUGUCGAGGAUUUUGAUGAUUGGACUGCUUGGCUUCUGUAUAAAGGUGGAGUUGGGAUUAAGGGAGAGAAUAGCUGGGAAUCUUGGUGGGAUGAAGAGCAGAGCCACAUCCAAACACUUAGAGGAAAGAUCUUGGAGACUAUCUUGAGCCUCAGAUUUUUCAUAUUUCAAUAUGGAAUUGUCUACAAGCUGCAUCUCACUGGAGCUGAUACUUCACUCGCCAUUUAUGGUUUUUCAUGGGUAGUUCUGCUUCUAAUCGUCAUGAUAUUCAAGGUUUUUACCGUUAGUCCAAAAAAGACACAGAUUCAGCUGAUGAUGCGAUUGACGCAAGGAAUCGCUGCUAUAGGACUCAUUGCCGGACUUGUUCUAGUUGUUGCCUUGACAAAUCUGACAAUUCCUGAUUUGUUUGCAUGUGUGCUGGCAAUUAUACCAACUGGCUGGGCCAUAUUGUGUCUGGCUAUUGCAUGGAAAGGCCUAGUCCGAACUCUGGGAUUAUGGGACUCUGUUCGUGAAAUUGCUCGAAUGUAUGAUGCUGGGAUGGGCAUGGUUAUCUUUGCUCCUGUAGCAUUUCUAUCAUGGUUCCCAUUUGUGUCUACCUUCCAGUCUCGGCUUCUAUUUAAUCAAGCAUUCAGCCGAGGGUUGGAAAUCUCCCUCAUUCUGGCAGGGAACAAGGCAAACGUUCAGGCUUAAAAUAAUCUUUUGGGUGUCAACAAUGAGAUUAAGGCAUAUUGAUGUUUCAAAAAUAUUAAUUACCUUGAGUUGUGGCUUGCACUCUAAUCUGCAAAAUGUAUUGCACUAGAGCAGUGGUGUUACCAAUUCGAACCCCAAAAGCGGUCUCAUCAAUUGUCCUUGUAUGUUAUUUCAUAUUUUCUGGUGCAAUGUACAGUUUCAUUUUCUGGUGCAAUGUUAAUUUUAUCUUUUUAUGAUGUGCCA